GUUGGUUUGGAUUCAAUGGUUGAAAAGGCAUGGAGCAGCAUCAUGGAUUCUGAAAAUAGAAUUUUAGGUCUUUAUGGUAUGGGGGGAGUAGGCAAAACAACCCUCUUAGCUCGUAUCAACAACAAAUUCGCUGAAGUGGUGAAUGAAUUUGGUGUUGUGAUAUGGGCCGUGGUCUCUAAAGAUUUGCAAAUCGAGGGCAUUCAGAAUCAGAUUCUGGCAAGAUUACGCCAAGACAAGGAAUGGAAGGAAGAAACAGAGGAAGAGAAAGCCUCUUCCAUCAACAAUAUCCUUCGCAAAAAGAAAUUUGUGUUGUUACUAGACGAUCUAUGGAGCGAGGUUGAUCUGGACAAGAUAGGAGUUCCAUCUCCAAAAGCUGUCGAUAAUGGAUCGAAGAUAGUUUUCACCACUCGUUCAAAAGAAGUUUGCAAAGACAUGAAAGCUGACGAUGCGCUGAAGGUUGAUUGUUUGUCAUGGGAUGAAGCGUGGGAACUGUUUCAAAACACUGUUGGAGAAGCCACAUUGAAACGCCAUGAGGAAAUUGCAGAACUUGCAAGGGAAAUUGCUAAGAAAUGUUGUGGCUUGCCACUUGCACUCAAUGUUAUUGGCAGAGCCAUGGCAUAUAAAGAAGGUGUACACGAAUGGCGUUAUGUACUUGAAGUUCUCAACUUGUCUAGCCACAAAUUUAAGGGUAUAGAAGAAAAAAUUCUUCCAAUUCUGAAGUUUAGCUAUGAUGGUUUAAAGGAUCAAAACGUCAGAUCGUGCUUCCUAUAUUGUUGUUUAUUCCCGGAAGAUUAUGAAAUCGAGAAGGAGGAGUUGAUAGAAUAUUGGAUCGGCGAAGGAUUUAUAAAUGGAAAGAGAGAUGAAGAUGGGAGUAACAACGAAGGUCAUGAUAUAAUUGGUACGUUAGUUCGUGCACAUCUAUUGAUGGAUGUUGACCGUGAUGCAAUCUCAGGAGAGAAGGUGAAAAUGCAUGAUGUUUUACGCGAGAUGGCUCUUUGGAUAGGAAAAGAGGAAGAAAACUUGUGUGUCAAAUCUGGUGCGCAAUUACGCCGUAUAACAAAUGACAUCAUCAACUGGGAAGUUGCGAGAAGGAUAUCGUUGAUGAGUAAUCAAAUUGAAGAGAUAUCUUGCUCUCCCGAGUGCCCCAACCUCUCGACCCUAUUACUCGGUAAUAACGAGUUGAAGUUUAUUUCAGGUGGAUUCUUUUGGUUUAUGAAAGCCCUCGUUGUCUUGGAUCUUUCUCGAAAUCGUGGUCUUUGUGCAUUGCCGGAAGAAAUUUGCAGCUUGAGUUCCUUAGAAUACCUCAAUUUAUCAACCACAAAUAUAGUAUCGUUACCAGUUGGUUUGAAGGGGUUGAGGAAGCUAAUAAGCUUGGACCUGGAGCGUACUGAUCAACUUGAGAGCAUUGAUGGGAUAGGAACAAGCUUACCAAAUCUUCAAGUGUUGAAACUAAUUGGUUCCGGUGUCUAUAUUGAUGCAGGAUUAAUGAAAGAGCUACAACUCUUAGAGCACUUGAAGAUUUUAACAGCGAACGUAAAGGAUGCUUCGAUUUUGGAAAGUAUCCAAAAAGUGGAGCGAUUGGCGAAUUGUAUUCGAGGUUUAAACCUACGAUGGAUCUCAGCAGAGGUUGUAGUAUUAAACACGGUAGCUCUGCGUGGUCUUCAAAGCCUUGGGAUUUGGAGCUGCGAAAUCUCAGAGAUAAAGAUAGAAUGGGAAAGCAAAGAAAGAGAAGAGCUUCUCUGUACAAGUUCUCAAGGCUUCAAGCACCUCUCCGAUGUUGGUAUAAUCGGUUUGGAUGGUCCAAAGGACUUGACGUGGCUGUUGUUCGCUCAAAAUCUCAGGGAACUAUCUGUGAUGUUCUCAAAAAGCAUAGAAGAAAUAAUAAAUAAGGAGAAAGUAAUGAGAAUCAGCAAUUGGCAUCCACAUUUGGCGGUUCCCUUUGGGAAGCUUCAAGUCCUGAAAUUAGAUGCUUUAAUUAGAUUAAGGAGCAUUUGCUCAAAUACCAUGGUUCUUCCAAACCUGAGAAAAUUUGUUGUCUACCACUGCCCAAAACUGCCCAAAGCUGCCACUGAGUUUCCUGAGACAGUAGCAGCAGAAAUAACAACUGAUUAG